AUGGCUCAAACUCUCGUCUUAAUUACGGGUGGAAAUCGUGGAUUGGGUUUGGGGCUCGUCAAGAGCUUCCUUUCGCAGCCAAACCAUAAGAAAAUUGACAAUUCGAAUCGUCAGACCGUCAUUUCCGCCAAUCGGGAUCCAAGCCACUCGACUUCAAAGGCACUUGCUGACCUGCCCAAAGCCGAUGGCAGCAGUCUUAUCGUCGUCAAGUAUGACGCAGGAGUGGAACAAGAUGCCUUUGAUGUAGCAAAGGAGCUGAAAGAGAAGCACAAAGUUACCUACCUUGACAUUGUCGUAGCCAACGCUGGCAUUUCAAAAUCUUACCCACUGGUAAAGGAUGUUCAGCGAGCUGAUAUCCAAGACCACAUUAACGUAAAUGCAUAUGGAGUGGUAUCAUUAUAUCAAGCAACUCGUGAUUUACUAGAAAAAUCAACUAAGAAACCCGUCUUUACUACUAUCGGCUCUGGAGCUGGUUCCCUUGGGUAA